AUGCAGCCCCCACCGAGGAAGGUCCGGGUGACACAGGAGCUGAAGGCUGUACACGCAGAGCAGACCAACAGACUGCAGCUGAAGCACCAGAGCGAGUGUGAGCUGCUGGAGGACCUCAGGACCUUCAGUCUGAAGAGGGCGGCUGUGGAGAGAGACUACGCUCAGGCGCUGCACAAACUGGCCAAUCAGUAUCUGAAGAGAGAGUGGUGCGAGAGCGGGACGCAAGAACAGACCCAGCAACGGAACAUGUUUUGUGUGUGGCGGUCGUACUUGGAGGGAACAGUGAAACUGACUCAGUCCAGACUGAGCUCAUGUGAAAACUACAAACUGCAAGUUUCAGAUCCAGCGAAAAACUCCAGACUCCAGAAGGACCAGCAGCUGCGCAAGUGCAUGGAGCAGCUGACGGAGAUCCAGGCUGAGCUGCAGCAGUCGGUGAAGGAGCUGAGCAAGAGCCGCAAGAAGUACCAGGACGCCCAGAGCAUGGCCCAGGCCGCCAGAGACAAGGCCGAGCUGGAGGCCAAGUCUAAGCUGAGCCUGUUCCAGUCCAGGUCCAGUCUCCAGAGAGCCAGUGUCAAGAUCAAAGCAAAGAGGAACGAGUGCAACUCAAGAGCCACUCACGCUCGGAACGACUACCUCCUGAUGCUAGCAGCGGCUAACGCUCACCAGCAGCGCUUCUACCACACAGACCUGAUGGACUGUAUCCAGGUGUUAGAUGGGAGGAUCCAUGACCAGGUGAAGUCGUUCCUGGUGUCUCUGUGUCAGACUGAACUGGAGACGUAUGAAGCGGCUCAUGACACCUUUAAUGAUCUGCUGAGCAGCUCCAGCGACAUCUUGCAGCAGUUUCAUCAGGAACAGUUUGUUCAGAAAUGUCCAGUUUUUCAGCGAGCGACAGACUUCCUCUAUCAGCCCAAUGACUCUGACACGGUGUCGCAGCUGCAGAGAGAAAGUGGUUCUUCAGAGGAACACACUUUGGACAAAGAAGCUCGGAAAUGGUCGAGUCGAGUGGCACGAGAAUACAAGCUGCUGAUACACACACACAGGGUCUUGGAGGAGUAUGGGAACCCGGAGACCUCCGAGCUGCACCCAGAGCUGGAGACCAAGAUGGAGGUGGCCCGGCAGAGUCUGAGGAGAGCAGAGACGGUGAAGGUGAAAGCUGAGGCCCGUCUGGACCUGCUGCGUGAGGCGGGGGUAGCCGUGGAGACGUGGCUGAAGAGCGCCAUGAACCAAGUGAUGGAGGAGCUGGAGAACGAGCGCUGGAGCAACCUGAACACCGCGGACGCCUCCAUCUCCGGCACAGCAGACCUGGAGGAGGAGGAGAUGGAGGACAGUGGAGAGGUCCUGGACGACAGCAGCUCCAGUCUGAGGAACUACCCCCUCACCUGCAAAGUCCUGUACUCAUACAAGGCCUCACAGCCUGACGAGCUGACCAUCGAGGAGCAGGAGGUUCUGGAGGUCAUUGAUGAUGGAGACAUGGAGGACUGGGUCAAGGCCCGGAAGCGCAAUGGUCAGGAGGGGUAUGUCCCAGAGAAGUACCUACAGCUGCCGUCCUCCCACAGUCUGCUGAGUGAGCUGCAGACUCUGGCUGCUCUGGACGCUCGCUCUCACUCCUCCAGCAACUCCACAGAACCAGAGCUGGACAUGGGCCCCGGCUCAGGGGCCAACGGGGACAGCAGCGUGUGUCUGGCCAAAGCGCUGUACGACUACGCGGCGCAGACACAGGACGAGCUGUCGUUCCCAGAGGGCGCCAUCAUCCGCAUCCUGAGCCGAGAGACGCAGGAGGACGACGGCUUCUGGGAGGGAGAGUUCAACGGCAUCACAGGCCUGUUCCCCGCUGUGCUGGUGGAGGAUCUGACCCAGGACACGGGAUCACAGGCCUCUCCCUCCGCCCUGAGCUACAGUGAGCAGUCUCCUCGGGGCCUGUUCCUCCCUGAGCCCCUCCACAGCAGCCCCCUGCAGACCCCCCCCCUGUCGUCUCCUCUGUCCAGUCCGUCCUCUGCCUCCCCCAUCGGCCGCCCCCCCUCCUACAGCAACGGCCACCACCGAGCCCCCCCUGCUCCGCUCAAGAGCCCCUACCACAGUCCAGUCCAAGGGUCUCCACAGCCGCCCAAGUAUCCGGAUACUCCCACUGGAUCCAUUCGACCUGUGCGUGCGGCUCCUCCUCCUCCUAAGCAGCAUCCUCGAGGGCAGGUGAAGAGGAGAGACGAGGUGGAGAUCACUCUGAGGUCCCAACAUGUGCAGGUCCUUACACAGAGGUCCCCACAUGUGCAGGUCCUUACACAGAGGUCCCCACAUGUGCAGGUCCUUACACAGAGGUCCUCACAUGUGCAGGUCCUUAUAUGGAGGUCCUCACAUGUGCAGGUCCCCACAUGUACAGGUCCUUACAGGGAGGUCCUCACAUGUGCAGGUCCUUACAUGGAGGUCCCCACAUGUGCAGGUCCUUACAUGGAGGUCCCCACAUGUGCAGGUCCUUACAUGGAGGUCCUCACAACUGCAGGUCCUUACAUUGAGGUCCCCACAUCUGCAAGCUCUUACAUGGAGGUCCCCACAUGUGCAGGACCUUACUUGCAGGUCCCCACAUGUACAGGUCCCAACAUGGAGGUCCCAACAAGUGCAAGUCCCCACAUGGAGGCGCGUCGUGUGGUUCUGGGCCUCGACCCUGUGGUAGUGGACCUCCUGGGCCUCGACCCUGUGGUGGACCUCCUGGACCUCGACCCUGUGCUGGUGGACCUCCUGGGCUUCGACCCUGUGGGGGAGGGGACUGAGACGACAACAUGA